UGUAACACAUCAAAUCAAUCCCCAUUUUCAUUGUCCACCAAUGAGAGCAACCCACGUACCCAAUUUAUUUUUAUAGAGCAUCAUGUGACAGUUAAUUAUCUACUCCUAGUGCUACACGUGUCCGACCAUGUGUUUAUAGAUGUUACGAUCUAUAUAGGCGCGAAAAACAAGUUUUUGAAGGCAAAGAAUCCGACUACGUACAUUCUCGUCGGAAGAGAAAAAUGAGUCAAAAUCAGAGUCAAAGACGGAGGCUAAAUCCGCACGGAGCUGGCGAGUCAUUGACUGAGUCAGUCGAUGACUCGGCAAUUCACAAUGAGAUAAUUCUCCGUGCGGUUUUUGCCUCCAUGAAUUGGGAUAUUCAUGCUCUGUGUCAAACGGCGUCGGUUAAUCAGAAGCUCCGUGCGCUCGCAAAAAGACUCUUAUGGAAGGAGCUGUGUGUAUAUCGCGCUCCGCGCAUGAUAGCAUCGUUAAUGGAUGGUGCGCCGAAUGGUCGGAUCGGAGUUGGAUGGGACGCUAUGGCGAAGUUGCUGUUUUUCUGCUGCGGGUGCAAUUCGACCCGGCAUUUCCAAACGGGUGGGGCAUCUCCGGGUCAUUUCGUGGAAUCGUCCCGGUUUUCGAAGACGUCGGGUCGGAGCUUUUUGGUGAAGAGAUGCAGAACGGAUCUGCUGUAUGUGAGCGAUCCCUCAUGUGAGCAUAAAAUUAGGGGUAAGGAUGAUUAUUUGGGGAUUUUCAGAGGGGUAUUUGGGGGAUUCAUGAAGUCGAAGACGAGGGCGUGUUUGAUUAGUAAACAAGUAGAGCUUGAAGAAGGAGUGAGGUGUCCGUUCUGUGGGGCCCGAGUUUGGAGCAUGACGGCGGCUCGGCUCGUCCCUAAGAGCGCGGCGCGACGGCUUGGUACGCUGGAAAAUGGAUUGGAGUAUUUUGUGUGUGUGAAUGGGCAUUUACAUGGAAAUUGUUGGCUUGUGCCUUUAUCGUCUGAUGAAGAUGACGCCAAAGACGUUGACGAUGAAGAUAGCGGCGGCGAUGACUAUAACGGCAGAAUUGACGGUUUUCAUCGGAAGCAAAUGGUGAGUAGUGGAUCUACUGUGAGUGGUCAAAUUUGAUGGCUUUGUUGAUCGGCAAUCGCCAUUUGGGGCAAAUCCACUCCCUAAAAAGCACAGCCUGCAGCGCGAGGACAGAGGAAGAACAGGGAAAGGAGAUAAUGUUGUGGUUUUGAAGAAGAGUAUUUUGAAAAUUAUUUUUAUAAUAAUUUUUUGCAAGAAAAAUUUCUAUGCCAACAACCAGGAGAGAUUUUUUUAUUUUUUAUUUUUUUACAAAAACAAAAGAGUUAGUUUUGAGUGUAGCUUUUAGUUUUUGUAAAAAAUAAAAAAUAAAAAAUAAAACUUGAUGUUUGGAUCUUAACAGUUUUGCAAAAUCUCUUCUUCAAUUUUUGAAACAACCCACCUUAAAUCGCCAGAUGGUCCUGUUAAAACAUACUAUCAGUGAUGCAUUUUAUCCCGGCUUAUGAUGGUCUCAGAAGAUGAUACAUUAAUCAAAUUGUAACGAUUAAAUCGUCACUUUGAAGUCUUUUCCACUUGAAAGAAACUAGACUUCCGGCUCAAUCAAGGAUUUUCCCUUGAGGAGUGCCAAGAAUUGCGGUGCAGCAAUGGUGAUAACGAUCCAUGAAGCUAAUGCCAGCAAACAAAUUUGGGCGGCUCGCAAUACUGGACAUAGUGGCAAGGAAAGCGUAUUUAUUGUAUGCGCAAGAAUGGGCUGUCUGAUCAUGUUUGAAUGAAUGGAUUUUCUUUUUCUUUUGGCCA